AUGGUCAACUCACUAAGCAUAUUUUGUUCCUGGUUCCGCCGCAGGUCCCAGCCAUGCCAUCGGCAACGUGCUCAUCUAAGCGUAUUUUCUUCCUGGUUCCACCACAGGUCCCCGAGAUGCCAUUGGCAACCUGCUCGUCUUAUCUGUGAGGCCUUUCCAGCUGGCAGGGCUCACCCUGCGGCUCCUGCACCUGUGCCUGCCUUGAGAACCCGGGGCUGUUUCCGAUUCCUCUUCAACCCUCAGCAACAUCCUGGGCCUUCUUUUCCAGCCAGGUGGGAUGGCGCCCCUACGAGGCUGUGUCUUCUCCCGAACAGGGGCACCCCACUGAGGGUCCCGCCUCCUGUGGACUGGAGCCCCCCCUCAAGGAAGAAACCCGUGCUGUCUGCUCGCAACUCCAUGAUGUUCGGACACCCCAGCCCUGUGAGGAUCCCUCGUCUCAGACGCAAGUUUAACCUCCAACUGCCUUCAUUAGAUGAGCAGGUGAUCCCAGCCAGGCUCCCGAAGACGGAGGUGAGGGCAGAAGAGCCCAAAGAAGCAACGGAAGUGAAAGACCAGGUAGAGACCCAGGGGCAGGAGGACCAUAAAAGGGGCCCCUGUAGCAAUGGGGAAGCAGCCUCCACCUCCAGGCCCCUGGAGACUCAGGGAAACCUCACUUCCUCCGGGUGCAGUCCCAGGCCCUUGGAG